CUGUGGGCGUGGCUUUACGGUGACACGUGGUCUGAGCCAGGAAGCGGGGAUUUAAAUCGGCAGCUGUUGGUCCGGGAUUACUGCGAUGUCUGCCCAGCGCCGCCCGCCUCGUGGGGAACCCGGGGAAGGUUCGGUCACAUGUGAAUCGGAGAGACACCAAGACUUUGUAGACAGACUGGCUUGCAAGUACAUGAGAAAAUGUAAAGUAAAAGUAGAAUUGAGCACGGACUCGGAAUCUGACAACGAGAUCUUUGGACCGGGCCCUACAAGCACUCCAAACCAUGGCUCAUCGUGGAGAAAAAGAUCCACAAAACUACAGUUCCUAGAUCCAUAUGAUGGAGAUUCUGAAGAAGCCUCCACACAUUCCGACUCUGCUGUCUACAGUCGGUGUCUACCUAAAAGGGGCAAGAAAUCGCUGCUCAAAAAUACAGUGGAUCCGAAAUACCAGGAAGGUACAGUUUUAGUACCUGAUCACAUACCGCCACCAAGUGAGCAGAAAAAUAGCCCAGCACUGGAAUCCAGUGACAUCUGCAUGAAGUCGCUGACCGACUCUGAAACCUCUCUUCAAACGUCAGAAAAACUCUGUGAUAAUAGCAAAAGUGUUCAAGAUCUUAUAGAAACUUCAAUGGAUUCUAGAGCAGCACCGGAAAACCGGCGUUCUAAUUCUGGCCACUUUCUUCUGAUUGGUGUAGAUUCAAGAACUGCUAAUCACAGUGGAACUGUUACUUCCCCUAGAUUUCAAGGAAAUCUACCCCCAACGGAGGAAAAUGUGGAUUGUUCCAUGUCUCCCAUUUCUUUGGCAAAGCGGAAGCUAGGACUCAAAAUGGAUUAUAACAAUGAUAAACAUAGAAGAAAGAAGGCACGAGUUACAGACACCAUGGUACAUUUUCAAUCCCCUUCUCAGAUUUCCACGAUCUUUAGGUUUCAACAUAAUUCCUAGACACCUGCCAGGUACCUCUUUACACUUCUCUACCAUCUAUGUACAUGGUGACCUUUAACCCCUUAAGGACCAAACAUCUGGAAUAAAAGGGAAUCAUGACAUGUCACACAUGUCAUGUGUCCUUAAGGGGUUAAACCUACAGUAUGGUGCUGGGUGUAGGAGACCUAAAAUACUGUCUGACUUCUAGGAAGGGCUAUCUGAAAUCCUCCAGUAUUUGCUACUAGAAGCUUAACUUUCUGUUUUCACAUGAGUUCAGCUUCCAUCCCAAUCUGCACAUGACACUUACUAGAUAUGUACCUCCUUAAAAUAAAACUGCAACAACGCUGCAGUGAAAUGUUAUGUAACUUGUUUUAUAGUGAGAUCAAACUAACUCUUUAAAUCCUAUGUAGGGGUUGUCAUCGGCUAUUAAAAGUGGUGAUUAAUCUGUGAAUGUGUCCGCUGGUAGUCUUAUUCACGAAGCUGUGGUUUGUCAUUUACUAUAGAGUGCAAAUCUGAUUGAAUCCAAAUACGCUGAUCUUGUGUUUGGGUACUGUAACAAUAAGGGGAGAGGCAGAGCAAGGCAUUCAAUGUCUGAGCAUUCC